ACUUUCGUAUUUAUUAUUGUGCUCGGUGUCGGUGAUGGCUGUGAGUUUGUUCCGUGCUCGAAUCAUCCGUUUUUCCGAAGUCGAUUUCGAACCGGGGGAUCAAACGGUUUGACCGUUUCCGCCGUGAAAUUACCGUCCCAGUCGAAAAAGGUGGCCCGCGACACGUUGAAAUCGAGACGGGCCGGCUCUCAAAGUCGAAUUAUGUGUUUACAACUCGACCCGCGGACCAAAACAUUUACGACGGCCUCCCGUCUACGACAAAAGGACGAGGAAGGACUUUUAUCGAAAACGGCCGCCUGAUAUGUUUUGACGAGACACGAUAAAAAAAACCCUUCGAGCUAUAAUGAGAGUGUCCCUCAUUGCACUCUUCGUAUACGUUUACUCCUUAAAAGGGAUCCGCACCUCGGUAAAAUGUCACAACCAGUGCAGUUGUCUGGAGAGCUACGUCGACUGCAGCGACAAACAGCUCACAGGCAUUCCAGACAGCUUGCCCAAUUGGGCGAAAAUACUAGACUUGAGCAAAAACAGCCUUCACGGCCCUAAUGUUUCUGAAGCGCUAAGUCAUUAUCAAGAGUUAAAUGAAAUCAAACUUGAUCACAAUGAAUUUACUUUUAUCCCUAUUGAAAAUACAAUGCACAACCUAAUUUCUUUUAGCAUCACUCAUAAUAAAAUAAAAAUGUUUCCUGAUCAUUUUUGGUCCAAUGUACCGAAGUUGAUUAGUUUAGAUGUUAGUCAUAAUGAGCUCAGCAUCAUCACUCCAGGCAUGUUAGUUAAGUCGGCUAGCCUUACGACAUUAAAAAUUGACAACAACUAUCUGAUAGACAUACCUAUAGCAGAUCAUGUAGAAAGUCUUACUACCCUUAGCUUGGCGCACAACAAAAUAAGUCAGUUCCCACCUAUGUUAUGGGAAAAUCUUCCAAAACUUUCAAACUUUGAUAUCAGCUACAACGAUUUAACUGUUAUUGGUCCAGAAAUGUUUUCAAAAGCAACUCAUUUAUCUUCACUAAAUUUGAACAACAACAAAAUUUCAUCUAUAAAAAAUGGAAGCUUCAGUGCGAUGAAUAAGUUAACAGAUCUUAAAUUGUCAAAGAACAACCUGCUACAUCUGAAAAAAGAAACAUUUAGAAACCUUACCAAUCUAAAAAAACUCGAAUUAAACAAAAAUGCCUUAUCUACAAUUGAAGGAUUAACGUUCAAAGGUCUAGACAAGUUAAUUGUUUUAAAAAUCAGACAGAACCCUAUAACUACAUUGCAAGAUGGUGCUUUUUGGGGACUUCAUAAGCUUCAGAUUUUAAAACUGGAUCACAAUGACAUUAAAACCAUAUGGAAAGGGUGGACAUAUGGACUUGAAUCGUUACAAGAAUUAUAUCUUAGUCACAACAAAAUUCAUAUGAUAUACGACGAUUCUUUAGAUGCUUGUAAACACCUUCUUCAGUUGGACCUUUCAAACAAUGAGCUCACUGUGAUAAAACCAUCGUUUUUCAAAGGUUUAGAAAAACUAAAAAAACUAAAACUUGAUGGAAAUAAAAUAUCAACUAUCGCUGAAGGCGCUUUUAUUUCUACACCAUCUUUAGAAGUUUUGGAAUUGAAUCAUAAUUGUAUUAAUUGGAUUAUUGAAGAUAUGAGUGGUGUUUUCUUUGGCUUGAAACAUCUUAAAAAGCUUGGAUUAGCUGCUAAUCAAAUCACAUCAAUUAAUCAAAAAGCAUUUGUGGGCCUAACUAGUCUAACUCAAUUAGAUUUAAGUAGUAAUCUUAUAAAGACGAUUCAGGACAACACAUUCGGCCACAUGCCUUUGUCUGUUUUGACGAUGAACACAAGCAGUUUACUGUGUGAUUGUAACCUUGUUUGGUUAUCUAAUUGGAUCCAGGCUUCAUCGUUGAAGUUUUCCAAUGCUUACUGUGAUUAUCCAGAAGCCCUCAAAGGCAAACUACUUGUGGACAUCCCCAUUGAGCAACUCCUUUGUUUGGAAAAUGAUAGCCCUAAACCAAUAAUUACCGAAGGCCCGAAAUCAUCUGUUGCCGUAUCUGGCAAAGAGGUCAAAUUAUCUUGCCAUGCUUCCUCUUCUUCGAACUCAUCUUUGAAUUUCAAGUGGAAAAGAAACAAUGAUGAUGUCACUGUUCAACACGCUACAGCCAUAAACAAUACAUCUUAUCUCAUAUUUUCAAAUGUCGAGUUGUCACAUGCUGGGAAAUAUCAGUGUAUUGUUUCUAAUCGUUUCGGAACAUCAUAUUCUGAGAAAGCUACCCUCAGUGUUCUAGUUAUGCCUGUAAUGACUAAGAAACCAGUGAAUGUAACAGUAAGAGCUGGCAGCACAGUUAAAUUAGAAUGUGCUGCUAGUGGAGAACCAAUACCUCAAGUUGGCUGGAGAAAAGAUGGUGGCACGGAAUUUCCUGCAGCUCAAGAAAGAAGGAUGCACGUUAUGCCUACAGAUGAUGUAUUCUACAUUGUGAAUGCCAAGCCGACCGAUUCUGGCUUGUAUUCUUGCAUAGCAAAGAACGCUGCUGGAACGGUUAUGGCAAAUACAACAUUGACAGUUCAUGAAGCCCCUUCUUUCAUCAAAAAGAUGGAAGACAUUGAAGUCGGUAUUGGGAAAACUACAGUGUUGGAAUGCAUGGGUAGUGGCUGGCCUAAGCCUAAACUUCGUUGGUGGAAAGAUGGUGUCUCAAUUACCCCUGGCCAUAGACAUAUUCUAACAGCUGAUGAUCAACUUUUAAUAAUAAUGGAUGUAAAAAGUGCCGAUGCCGGAGUUUAUCAAUGUGAAAUUACUAAUUCACUCGGAACGGAAAAAUCAACAGCCCAGUUAGUCAUUGCACCAGCAUAUAGUGCCACAGCGGACAACAUGACUGGUGUUAUUAUCAUAACUGUAGUUUGCUGUGCUGUAGGAACUUCUGCUAUUUGGGUUAUCAUUAUUUAUCAGACCCGGAAGCGAUUUCAAAUAAAUGAAAUGGCCAAACCGGUUGGUAAGCUAACCCAUUUAGAUAAUAAAUCAGAACACUCUGCAUCUAGCAAAGACAGCGGUACAGGUGAUUCCACUAAAAGAAGUUCUGAUGAGAUCAACAUAGAAAACAGUAGAAAUCUUAACGAGUACAGAGUUGAAGGACUGGAUAUAGUCGAGGCAUCAUUCCCCUUAUUGAGUAGUGGAAAAAAUAUCCAUUCGAUCGAGAACGCAAACGACUGUUGCUGCAAUCAUUCACAAAGGCAGCAUACCAGGAAUAAUCAUGAUCGAUGCAAAAACCACCGCCCCUAUUCUAUGCCAGCAAAGUCUACAAUAGUAACAUCAAACAGUAUUCCACAGCUUAAUUCUUACAUGUGUCUUUAUGUCGCUCCUAAACCUACUCCUAUUUAAUUAACAGUGUAUAUAUUCAUUUGUAUUAUUUAGACUUUGUAAGUUUGGUGUACAUGUAUUGUUUUUUCUUUUUUCCUACUCCUACAGCGGUUAGUUAGAUCACUACUAUUAGCAUUACUACUUCAUUAUUUAUUUUUUUGUUGCUGCUUUAAUAAAUUUUAAGUCAUCAUUCCAUAAAUGUAUUAUAAAUAAUUUAAAUAGGUGAAGCUGUUUUGUAUGGAGUAUAGUCUAGUGAGCAAGAAUUAUUCGUUUAUAUAUAAAUUAAUGUCGUUAUCGCCGUUUUGUCAUCGUAACUUACUUGAUUUGAGAAGUUUUAAUAAUAGAAUGGGUCAGUUUCAUUCUAUAAACUGAGUAUUAACUAGCUUUAUGUGUUUUCUACAAAACAUCUAGGUUAAAACAUAUACAUACGGCAUAAAUAGAAAUAGUUUAGAGAAUUUCCACAAGUGAAAUAUUUAAUUGAAAAUAUUUAUAAAUUAUUUCACAUUAACUACUUCAAAUUAACUUAAUGUUAUUGACAACUCCCAAUGAACUUUAUAAGACAAAAUUAUAAUUGGGACAGCCAUAGUUUCAUACAAAUACUAGUUGCUGCUUACACCUACUGUCGGUUGACAUACAUUGAUAAAUCUAUAUAUUUGCUUCAAGACCUAUUGUAACAGUAAUUAUAAAAUCAAGAUCGUUGACAUUUGGUUUUAGCUUUGUAGAUGUAAAUUAAUUACUUCAUUUUAGUAUUUUGAUAUAAUGUUCAUAUAUGUGGACUUAGAAAGAGUUGGAUAGAGCUUUAUUACUUGCCCCAAAAGUAUUUUCCUGGGGUUAUAAUUUAGUUUAAUAAUUUUUUUUUGUUUCAUAUAUUUAAUUCUAGUCUUGAAUUAUUUUGUUUUAGAAAGCCAUUAUUGUAAUUUGAGUGCAUCUUUCUUUAUGCAGUAAACUAUAAUAAAUUAUGUCAAAUUAUCUAAAUCAUGAAGUGUUAAUAUUUUUAGAAUUAGGUUUAUCUGUGUUAGAAUUGGAUAUCUUUAUAAAAAAAAUUUAAAUAAGAAAAGUUAAUUAUGUUCGUAAAUUUAUUUUAAUGUAGUCAUGGCAAUAAU